CUGGGCGGCCUGGCAACGGCGGCGGGUUGUGCUGGGCUGCGGGACCGAGUGUGUUGGGUCCGCUGCCCCUGUCAGCGCAGCGGACUCUCCCUCUCCAGCUGGUACCCUGGGCAGAGCGAGAGCGUGGCAGAGGACAAUCCCAAGGCAGGAGGAGUCCAGUAGGAGAGGAGGCAGCGGACUAGUUAAUUGAAGGUUGACUUGAAGGGAAUGGAUGUGACGUGACUAAGCUCGGCUGGAAAUCAGAUUGCUAAUCACUCAGAGGCCUUUGUUGUGAUGAGUUUCUCUCGUCGGAGGCCUGUCCCAAGUUGAAGGCUUGGAAAGACAAAGGGACGGGAUGGAUGAGUCCGUGUUGCUGGACUUGCUGGAGUGCCCUGUGUGCUUGGAGCGGCUGGACGCCACGGCCAAAGUGCUGCCGUGCCAGCACACAUUCUGUCGGCGAUGCCUGCAGGGGAUCCUGAGCUCCAGGAGCGAAUUGCGCUGCCCGGAAUGCCGGACGUUGGUUGACUGUGGGGUCGAUGAGCUCCCCACCAAUAUCCUGCUGGUUCGGUUGCUCGAUGGCAUCAAGCACCGGCCAAGGAGGUCCGGCAAUAGUGGGCCGAAUGGUAAUAACUCUCUCAAUGGUACCACCAGGGUACAAAGUAACGGAAUCGUCUCCUCCGCAAAUUGCAGCAUUGCGUUGCGUGAUCUUCAGAGCACCCAUCGAGUGCAGGCACGUAGCCCCCCAGUCAGGGGUAUACCUCAACUACCAUGUGCCAAAGCAUUAUACAACUAUGAAGGAAAAGAACCCGGCGAUCUCAAGUUCAACAAGGGAGACAUCAUUAUUCUCCGGAGACAAGUGGAUGAGAAUUGGUAUCAUGGGGAAGUCAAUGGCGUCCAUGGAUUUUUUCCCACCAAUUUUGUUCAGAUUAUUAAACCUUUACCUCAGCCUCCACCACAGUGCAAAGCACUUUAUGACUUUGAAGUGAAAGAUAAAGAAGCAGACAAAGACUGCUUGCCGUUCUCGAAGGAUGAUAUCUUAACAGUGAUACGCAGAGUUGAUGAAAACUGGGCUGAAGGAAUGUUGGGAGACAAGAUAGGAAUAUUCCCUAUUUCAUACGUUGAGUUCAAUUCAACAGCCAAACAGCUGAUACAGCUGGACAAACCCUCAGCCUCCCCAUCUGGAGGCGGCGAUUCAGGUGAGGGGAGCAGCAAUGCUUCAGGGUCUACCCAGAGCAACUCUACUCAGAAACCCACAGACGCCACAAAGAAGAACACCAAGAAGCGCCAUUCGUUCACCUCGCUCACCAUGUCCAACAAGGCGUCCCAGUCAUCUCAGAACCGCCACUCUAUGGAGAUCAGCCCUCCUGUCCUGAUAAGCUCCAGUAAUCCAACCGCCGCAGCUCGCAUCAGUGAGUUGGGCGGACUCUCCUGCAGUGCUCCUUCUCAGGUCCACAUUAGCACUACUGGUUUAAUAGUCACACCACCGCCCAGCAGUCCUGUCAAUACAGCACCGCCAUGUGCAUUCCCUCCAGAAGGCACCUACUCAGUUGCUCCCGGGGAGAACCACCCGCCACCUCCACCGCCACCCCCCUCGAAUGCUACAGUUACAACGUGUGCUUCUAGCUCCCCACGACCGUCGCUGGGGCCAGUGGACCAGGUGGCACACCCGAGGCCACAAGUGCGACCAAAUAUGUAUGUUGCUUUGUAUCCAUACACACCCCGGAAGGAAGAUGAGCUUGAGCUGCGGAAGGGUGAGGUAUUCCUCGUGCUUGAGCGCUGCCAAGAUGGGUGGUUCAAGGGAACGUCGAUGCACACGGGCAAAAUUGGUGUUUUUCCUGGGAACUACAUGGCUCCAGUAACAAGAGCACCAUCUGGAGCAGGGCAGUCAAAACUGUCAGCAGUAGUAACAGCACAAGGUGGUCGAGGAACCACCACAGUCAUGCCCUUGCCAGCAUCUCAAUCCAAAAUUCCUGGAAACGGCCUGGAGUUCGGCCGACCCAUCAGCCCGACGCCUCCGCUCCCCACUGCGGUGAUAUCAGCGGCACAUGCGCAGGCCACAAAUCCACAGGCCAAAGUCCUGAUGCACAUGACUGGCCAAAUGACGGUUAACCAGGCCCGCAAUGCAGUGCGAACAGCUGUAGCCCAGGGCCAAGAACGACCAACGGCAGCAGUGACUCCGAUCCAAGCGCACAACCCAGCCUCUCCCAUCCCCACGACUUCAGUCGCUCUCCAACAAGCCGCCUCCCAGCAGCAGGCUCAGCAGGUCCUACAGACGGUCGCCCCUUUCGCGGUGGGCACGGCUCCCACGGCAGCCAGGCUGGGCGUUGCUCUCACCUCCGCCGCGUCCGCCAUAACCCCUCCGAAUGUCAGUGCCACAGCACUAGAGGGAGAGCCGUUGGGCGUUGCGACGUGUGCCAUCCCAGCCGUUCCCACCACUGCUCCCCCAACGGUCUCAGCUGCUGGUAAAUUUGAGAAGGAGAGCAGAGAAAAGAAGGAAAAGAAAAGUUUUCUGAAACUCCUAUCUGGCGCAUCUACGAAGCGGAAGUCUCGCCCUUCGCCUCCGUCCUCACCUACAUUAGAAUCUGAACAGGCUGCUUCAGAGACAGUGCUACAGGGGGCUGUGGGGCCUGAGGUCUCUGCAGGCGUAAACCACAACAGAGCUGGGUCCUGCCCUGUAGACACAGAAACUAUAGGAGCCAUGUUUGAAACACUCCAUCGGAAGACUGCUUCCUUGGACUCUGGUGUCCCCAUCGCCCCUCCUCCAAGGCAACCUUGUUCAUCCAUGGGUUCAGUUCAGUUGGAAUCCAAAUCCAUACCAUGCGAAAGGUACAGAGUUGUUGUAUCCUACCCUCCGCAGAGUGAGGCUGAGCUGGAACUAAAAGACGGCGACAUUGUGUUUGUACACAAGAAGCGUGAGGACGGUUGGUUCAAAGGCACCCUGCAGCGGAACGGCAAAACGGGGCUCUUCCCCGGCAGCUUUGUGGAGAGCAUCUGAGGCGAUCCACAGAGCACACGCAUGCCACCUGCACCCAAGCAGUUCAUGAAGCACACGCGGCAGUCUAAUCGGCAGUGUAUCCCACCGUGGCAGCAGUAGUGCUUUAUAACAGCAGAAGGCAUCAGCUCUUUGGACAUUUUACUUUCGAGUUCCUGGACGUACAAGAUGUGCAUGUCAGGGAGCCACUCACUGUAGGGCCGUUCGUGAGAUUCAGUCCGUGCCUUUCACCAUUACUUGCUGUUUCUUUAGUGAAUCUAGGCAGAUUAAUAGUUUGGCACGGACUAGAGAAGAGGACGGGCCUGUUUUGUGCUGCAGCAUUCUAUGACACUAUGAAUCAAGACAGACUCUGGCAACCAUCAUGAAAUCAACUGUUUACAAAGAAGCUGUAAUUAAGGACAAAACUUUGUAACUUAUUGGAUUAGAUUUUUUAUAUAGUCUUUGAUCAUUAUGUAAAGUGAAAGUUCUAUAAUGUCAAGUGUUGAAAGUUGUGAUAAUUUAUAAGUGUUAUUGUCCGAGAGGGGGAGCUGGAUUUUCUCCUCGUGACUCAGUUUGACGUAGUACCUCUUCUACACAAAACACCCUUUAUCUCCAUUGCUGAUCGCUGGCUUAGUAAGUUUAGAAGGAGCCUCACUGAGGGCUUGUGCAACGUUGUGCGGUGGAUUCAUGUUUAGCGGUGACGUAGGUGGGAGCUAAUGUCAGCCUGUAGUGUAAGUGGUAGCAGAUUGUGAAUCGUUGUACGGGUGGCUCCAUGGUGUUAGGAAAAUCACAAGUGGGAAACAGAGAUGAUGGUGUAAAACUUAAGGUGAAUGAGGGGAUCUUCUCCACUCUGUAAAAUUCUUAAAUCCCCAGCCAUUGUCAAAGCAUGGUUCAGUGUGACCAGAGCCACAGUGGUUUGCACAAGAUAAGUAGAUGGUAUGGAGUGCCACCUUGGCCAAAACACUGCAGAAGUGUUGGGCAUUCUGGUUUAACUCAUACAUUGGACUUAGACACAGCAAAUCAGUAACCCUCAUUCCUUCCCUUGACAAUGUGCAUGAUGCUCAUAUUCAAAAUGGCUACAUUUACUGUUUCUUAACUUGUCCAGGGUUCAGGCCAAAAAUUGGGAAUAUUAAUCCCCGUUUGGUUGACCUUUUUCUCUGAUUAGGAUAUCUGUGUAAUCUUGGGGCUAACCCCCUCCUCCAAGUCGAUCUAGUUUUAGAUACAAGUUGCACCUGUCACCAUUUCCUUCACGGAUCUUAAACCUGCAGCAUGGCACUCGGGAGAGCGGUAAGACAUCUAGUAUCAUGGUAGUACUCUAUCCAGUGAGUUGACAAUUUUGAGUCAAGCGCCUUUUGUACAGCCUCCACCACGGGUGGACACACAGCAUCCUGAGAAAUUAUGGCAUUAGAGGCAAUCAUUCCUUGUGCAUGCACAGGAAAAAAACUGCAUUUGAAUGAAAUUAAAGGAGUAAUCAUUGCAUAUCUAAAUAGACUAUUUAAAUGUCUGAAAUCAUCAGUGCUGGAGGACUGGUCAUCAGUGUUUCCUGCAGCAGAUUUCAAGUGCUGUCUUGACGAAUCUGGCAUUGGAUAUAAUAUUCUUCCAAAACAAAAUUACAGGGGAGCACUCAGAAUAGAAGGGCGUCUCCUUAGAAUAGAGAUGAGGAGGAAUUUCUUUAGCCAGAGGGUGAUAAAUCUGUGGAAUUCAUUGCCACAGACAGAUGUGGAAGGCAAGUCAUAAAGCGGAGGUUGAUAGGUUCUUGAUUAGUAAGGGCGUCAAAGGUUACGGGGAGAAGGCAGAAGAACGGGGUUGAGAGAUAAUCUGGAAUGGCAGAGCAGACUCAAUGGACUGAAUUCUGCUCCUUUGCCUUAUGGUUUUAAUGCAUCAAAACCCAGAAUGUAGGAUUUUUCAAAACUAAAAACAUGAGCUAAUGGCUUUGUCUUGACAUGUCUAUCUCAUAAAUAAAGCACAGCCACUUAGUAUCUACUGUUGAUGCACUUUCCAUUCACUCAGUCUGUUUGUCCUCUGAUAAUGGUGUCUCUCUGCGUCUGAUGU